AUGAUACAGAGGUCUGGUUCUAGAUCUCCACGACGUGAUAGACCUAGGUCAAGAUCACCAAUAAGAAACCGAUCUCGUUCCCCCAGAAGAGAUUAUCCAUCACGGGGUCACGGGCACGGACACGGACGUGAUUCAUACAACAGCUAUCACAGCCGACGAGAGGGAGGAGGAAGUUUUCGUACAUUUCCAAGAAGAAUGGGCGACUUUGGAGGCCAUAGUAAUGGUGGUGGCAAUGGCGGAGGUGGCCGUUUUGGAGGAAGUGCAUUAGGACCCCAAGAUAGACGCGUUUAUGUUGGAAAUUUGGCCUAUGAUGUUAGAUGGCAACAAUUGAAAGAUUUCAUGAAGCAAGCAGGAGACGUUGUGCGAGCAGAUGUACUUAUUGGGCCAAACGGCCGUUCUAAAGGUUGUGGUAUAGUUGAGUAUGCAACUGCAGAUGAGGCUCAGCGGGCUGUUGAGACUUUAAACAAUCAAAGUUUGAAUAACCGUUUGGUAUUUAUUCGUGAGGACCGUGAAUCUGGAUCAAGAAGUUCUCAUAAUGGACCACCACCCAGUUCAGGAGCUGGUCCAGGAUCGUUUUCACGUGACCGUGUAGGAGGAGGUGGCGGUGCUAGUAGUGGCCCUCCACCAGUACCAGGUACUCAGUUGUUUGUAAACAAUUUGCCCUAUUCCACUGGCUGGCAAGAACUGAAAGACUUGUUUCGCAGUUCAGGAAACGUUUUGCGUGUUGACUUGAAGCUUAAUUUUAACGGCAAGUCGCGCGGAGCUGCCACUGUAUUAUUUGAAACUCCCGAGGAGGCCCAAGCUGCUAUCCAGCAAUAUAAUGGGUAUGACUUUCAAGGACGACCAUUAGAGGUUCGUCAAGACAGAUAUGUUGGUGGUUCUGCACCGGCCUCAUUUUCGUCGGCCCCACCUAAUCCAUUCACGGAUGGUGCCAAGGGAUCAGGCGAGCCUAGCAAUAUCAUUUAUGCAAGCAACCUGCCCUGGUCGACUACCAAUCAAGACCUUGAAGAGCUUUUUGGCACUAUUGGCCCCGUUGAAAAGGCUGAAAUUCAGCUGUUGCCCAACGGCCGUUCAGCCGGUGCUGGUGUUAUUCAGCUAGACUCGAUUGAAAGCGCUCAAAAUGCUAUUCUCAAGCUUUCGGGUUAUAACUAUGGUAACCGUGACUUGAUAAUCUCUUUUGUGAACUAUAAUCGUUAA